AGAAGCUGAUUUGGAUUGGAAUAAAGUGUUCAACUUCCUUGUCAACAUUGUAACUCCCCGAACAUAUAAACUCUUUUAUGUAGAGCUAUUUGCAUAUGGUCAGCACCUUCUUACUCAAGGAAAGACGAUCAAUAAAACGAUUGAAAACAUAGAGAUGAUGCAUAAAGGGGCAGCUACAGCUUUAUUUUUUGAUCUUUUUCGGGAAUGGAAAAUUCUCAUGGGAUCUGAGGCAAAACCUGAACAAAUUGAAAAUGCUCUUACACAAGUUGGAGAUAAUGAGGCAUUGGCAGACUUUCAAGUUUUUAUGAGAACUCCACCUAUGAUACCUGCAAAUAUGAGAAGUUUACUUCCUGCGAAUGAACCAGAUAUGAGCUGGACUUUUCCUAAAAUAAUUGACCAUUUUGUUACUGCUCUCCCUCAAAUAAAUGUAUUGGCUUUACCUCAUGUAAACGGAUCGAAUGAUGUGCGAAACCUUUCUCAAUGCCAAUCAUUAAGAAAGAAUAUCAUACAUAGCAAUAUAAAGGGAUUAUUUAAUCAAAACGCUAAUACAGCAAACUGUUUAACAUUUUCAACUGAGAGUCAAACACAGAUAGAGAGACAAACCAAUAUUAUCAAAAGCAUUAAUAAACGCAAACGGAAAUAUAUCGAUGGAUCAGAUUAUUUUAAUGAUAGUGGAGAUGAGAGUCCGGUUUGUAAAUUAAGAAAGAAAUCAACAAAUUUGAAUGUAUUGCCUAUUAAAAAACGAAAACAAACAGCACGAAAACUACCAAAAAGAAAUGUUCCAUACCUUUGCCGGGAACUAGUCUGCUGGGACAAAAUUGAUAUUGAAUUCGUUAUAGAUAUUAUUAAAAGACUAUUGCCGACAGACACUCAGGAAUUGAAAUCUGAAGAAUACUAUCUUUUCCUUUAUCAUACUGUCAGUGUCAUUGUGAAUAAAACAGUAGUUCCAGAAAGAACUGUUCUACUCAUGCUGUUAGAAGAUUUCAAUGAUCGUUUUGAGAGUAAGACAAAGCGAGGUCAUGUAACGUGUACUAUAGAUACAAGUCAGGAGGCAAUUAUGAUCGGCUUUGAAGAAGUUGAAUGUUUAAAGCUUUAUGUGGAUCAUGCUCGCAAACGAGUGAUAAGAGAAGUUAAAGAAAGUAACAAAGACUACGUCGAAAGCGAAUAUCUGUUUAUAGGCUAUGAUGGUAUACCUAUUGUCAAUGAGUCAUUCGAAGAUAAGAUCGUAAAGGAAACUGAAAGUGAAAAGAAAGCAUUAACGUGUAGCACACUCAGCAAGGAAUCAGUUCAGAUGGAAGCUUGUCGAAAGGAUCUUAAUGAUGAUAAACAUAUUCGUGAGGAAAAAAUCCAGACAUCUGAAGUACAAGAUAUGAAGAUGAAUCAUUUGUCUCCCGUAAAAACGAAUUUGAUUGGUGUUUCAAACUAUGAUGAACCGAAGUCAACCGAAGAUUUCAGUUUGCUUGUUGAAAAUGUGAAUGAUGAUAGAGAUGGGGAGAUGAACGAUGAUAAAGACCAAGAGUUGAACGACGGCAAACCUAUCUGUAAGGGCAGAUUACAGACAUCGGAAGAACAAGAUAACAGUAAAAUAGAUGAUUUAUGUCUCGGAAAAGAACAAAUCGUCAAUGUUUCAAAAUGUGUUGAAUCCAAGUCACCCGAAGAAUUCAGUUUGACGUGUGAAGAGAUAGAUGGUGAAAAUAUGAAAAACAAGAACGACAAGGGAGAGUUGUAUUCAAUGAAAGCAUCACCAACACGACCAAGCAACACAGGACAACCGACAAGGAGCCCAGCAGGACAAAGUGAACCGACAACCAAAAGCAAUUCUAAAACGAAGCUUGACCCAAUCGAGUUGGAAGAAACAACAGUACAAAAUGAAAGCCUUGAUGACUUUAUUCUGGAUAUCGAAGAUUUUUUGGCAAGUGAUAAGUGAUGUGAAGGACAAAGUGCCUUUGCAACAUACAAAUUGUCGAGACCCUAGCGGCUUUAGUUUACGAAAAUUUAUAUGAAUGUGUCGGCGAUAAAUAAUUUCCUUCGUUAUAUUUUUAUGAAACCAUCUUGAUAUAACAAAAUAUAUGUUUUAACACCAAGCUUCUUUAAGCUGUUACGUCGUGAUAUUUCUUUUACGUCUUUUUACUUAAUUAUCAUGUCAUCAUUACGAAAACAAAUUUUAAGUAUUAAGGGGCGUAUGAGGUAGAGUGGUUUAGAUCUUUGCUUUCAAACAACUUGCCUUUCUUCAUUGUGGGUAUGAAUCUCGAUUAGAUACUUCAGAGUUUUUUAUGUGAGGAAGUCCUCAAGCUCGUUUUAAUUAAUGUUAUGAUUACCGGUGAAAUAAUGUGUUUAAUCUUUGUGAUUUAAUUCAUAUCACCCACAGUAGAUAAUCGAUUCAAAUACCAUUACAUCAUUGCGACUGAGGGGUUGUCUUAAGGGUCUAGGCACCAUAUUGCACCUGCUUGAUUGUGAAAGGCAACUAAAUGGUUUCAGAUUAUGCUGUGUAAGCAUUGUGUAGCUCAAGCAGGUUAAUUGGUUCGAGCCCUGGUGUUGCUUGAAGUUUGUAACCAGGUUAGCCAAAAUCACCCUUUCUGUUUCGGCACCUUAUGACCAUAAUUGUGUUGGUGCGCUGUAAAACCGAAUAUACGAAUAUAUACAAAUAUCAUUAUCUCUAAAAAUUAUAAUGAUUACUUCAAACUUGAAUUACCUUUUUCAAUUCUA